AGCACAGCACGAAACACCGCACGAAAGCAAAACAAGCGAGAAUGAUUGAUUUUUCGUCGUGCGUCGUCGGGAAAAGUAGUCGAUUGGCAGCUUCGCGGAAAAGCGGGCAGCAGUGAAAACUUUUAGUAUCACAGUCGUUGCUGACGAGCGGAACGGACCGCAGCUCGGGAAAAUCAGGGAAAGAAAAAACACGCGAGGGCCGUCUUACCAAAUUGGAAUAUAAAUUCAUCCGAAAAGUGUUUUGUGUAAAUAGUUAAUUUGUUUUCUAACCAAAUUACCAGUGGGAAUGGUGUAUUAGUGCUGUGUAAACGAGAGCUACCGUUAAUCCCGAGGAGAGAUCCGAGUGCAAAGGAAUUUUCGUACGUCACAGGCUGUGCGUAUGUGUGUGUGUGUGCACCCCCGGAAAUGUAACACUCACACUGGCGCAUUGAAAAACUUGCACCUGAAAGUUUUCGUUUCCACCUUCGUGCGCCUGCUCUCGGUAUUUGAAAAGCAGAAAAAACGCUGCAAAAGGGCAUCUAGGGCAGCAGCGGAACUGAGGCGCAGCGGAGCCGCCCAAUUGCAGCCGUAGAAAGCGUUGGUGCGGGCACCAUGGACUCGCUCAAGUUACCAAAGGGCAACAGUGCCACCAGCAGUGCCAGCGGCAGCAACAGCAACCUGUCCGGCUCGACAUCUGCGUCCGCAUCUGCAGCCACAUCGCCCACAUCUUCGGGAAACAAUGCGGCUGGAGGCAUCCUCACAGGUGCACCAAAAUCUCCGCCUGGCCUGAGCAGCAGUACCCCGAUCACAGUCCGAUUCAACGCCAACGAGGAGUCCCUGGACGACAUCCUGCAGUCCUUCCAUCACAGCAAGCACAGUCCCAGUGGAGGAGCGAGUGGCGGGGGCGGGGGCGAUGUCUCGCCCACCUCGAACCUUCUCGGGAUGAAGAACAACGGUCUGGGACUCAACACCGGCUUGGUCGUGGGUGCCUGCGACUCCCUCUCCAGCAGCCCCUCGCAGCCACAGAUGCAGGGCGGAUCCGCGUCCCUCUUCGGCAACGACGAAGUAACUUUGCGCAAUAAUUUCCUGCAAGGUGGUGGCUUCUUUAAUCGAAAAAGAUCUGGCAGCAUUGAAGGUGUCUCACCCACCUCCAGCGGUCCCAGUCUGAUAUCCGCACUGUCGUCGGCCAGCGCAGGAGGUGGCUCCUUGGGAGGAGCUGGCCCCGCUGGCGAUAGCAGCAGUGGCGGUGGCACCUGGCGGCUGAUCAAGGGCAAGGUUUCGCAAACCAUCGAGGAGAUCAAGUCCUCCAAACUGCCACCAACGGCAGCCAUACCCAUAAUAGUAUCGGAUCCACCAUCAACUGGCUGGAGCAACGAUCCCGACUCGGACACUGAGUGCCUCACCGUGAACACGUCCAUUAGCGAGGAGCUUCCCCUUGAUCAGGAGCACAAACAAAACUCGGAUUCGGACGUGGAGGCCGAACUGCUGCAACACGACACCGUCAGCUUGGGCAGCCUGGGUGACGUGGCAGCAACUGGCGGUCAGUCGGAGCGAUCCCGACUGCGUCGCGGUCUGGCCCACAUCCGGUCCAAGGUGAAGGCCAAACACCAAGCGGCAGCCGCCAUGAAGAAGGACAUCAGUCCCAGUGCUUCUGGUUCUGCACUCCCACCGACUACGGUGCGCACUGGCUUCCUGCGCCGUCGCAAUGUGGUGGAGGCGGGCAGUGAGCCCUCCACCAGUCAGCAGGCGGAGAUUGCCAUCGUCAGUGGCAAGGCUAAGAAGCGGGGCAUCCUGCUGGCCCGCAAGGACGUGGAGGUGGAGUCGGGCGUGGAGGUGCUCGAGGAUAUGAUACCCGCAACGGUGGCACAGAGCGAUGCGUCGAAGGAACCCGCUGAGAAGCGAGCGGAGGAUGAGCCCGAUCUGCUAGCCGAUGUCGAGUCACGUGCCAAUCUAACGCUUCCCGUGGCACCGGUAGGUACCGCCCUGGUACCGCCCUUCGCCAGCUCUUACACUGAGAAGGAGUCACAGAAGUCACCGCGUGACUCCCGGAGCAAGCAGAGCUUCCUCUCCAGCCUGAGCAUGCUGAGUGUUAGUCAGUGGCGGGAGAAGCAUGAGGGCUCCACCGUGUUCGCCCUGCCCGUGCUCCUCUCCUUCUUUCUGCUCCUGCUGAUGAUACUACCGGUGCCCGACUUCCUGCGUGGUGUCUUUGCCACCCUGCUGUUCUUCACGGUGAUGGACUGCUGUGGCGGUCAUCUGCGAGUGCUGCUCGAGGACUUUCUGCUAACCACGCACCCCGAGCGAGUGGCCUUCGCCAUUCCCAAUUACAAGGUCAUGCCCAUUUGCGAGAUACCGGCAGUGGAGGAGCACAAGACGAUCAAGACAUAUGCUGGCUGGAUGAACGAGAUCAAUAGCUACGAUCCCAAUACCUUUUCGUUUAGCCUCACACGAGCGGUCUAUGUGCGAUUGGAUGGAUGCAUCUUGAAGAUGUCGGGCACCAAUGCCAGGAUACCCAAGCGACGCAUGUGGAACGAGCCGCCCAUCGAUCGCCACAAGAUCCUGUUCACCGACCACCGUUCCUAUGACCUCAGAGACUGCCGCAUCGAACUGCUGCCCUUGGGUUUGGCCAACAAGCGUUUCUUCAAUCGCAAGUAUCCCAUUCAGCUGAUCAUCAAGAGCACCAAGGAUCUGCCCGAAGAGCAAAGCUCCUUGGAAAGUCAAUCGGAGCAAACGGUGAAGUUGGAAGCAAAAGAGGUAAAAGGUGCCUCCUCAUCGGGAGCGACACCGCCCGCCGGUGCAGAGGAGGAGAAGCCGGUGGACUUUGCAGCCACGGUGAUGCAGGCAGAUUUACAACAGCUGCGAAACACUGUGAAUCCGGACAGGGAGCUCAAUGACAUCAGUGUGCCCUGCGGCGAUGAGGUGCGAUUGUUGCUCUUCUCGAGAUGUGACCGGGAAAAGGAGGAUUGGUAUCGCCGCUUCACAGCCGCCAGUAAGGGCCUGGUACACGAGCAAGAUCUUCAGGUGCCCAUGGCUCGAUUCGUGGAGGACACUGAUCUUCAGGCGGCCGCAGCCAGGCAAGCUUUGCACCUGGUCACUGGAAUGGGCAAGGGAAUGGGCACUGUGAAGUGGCGGACCGAAGAUGAGAUGUCAACGGGGAAUGCAAAUGAUGAACCGGAUCAGCAAACGCCCGACGGACAAUUCGAGAAUGUGACUGAGGAAGAUCUUUGUGAGACGCCGAGAGAAGAGAACUUCGACGGCAUGAUUAUGAGUGCCAAUGUGGCCAGAAAUCAUCCCGACUAUGUCCGUUUUAUGGCCGUGUAUCAGAAGGCUUGCAGCCAAAGCACAAUUCCCGUAACCCGAAGUUCCGUCGGAACAAACUGCUCCCUUGAUCGGCGCCAAAGAAAAUCUCGCCGUGCCAAACGUCAGGAAGAUGAACUGUGGAAGGGCAUUGACCAGUCGCUUUUCCUGGGUCCAUCCGGCAGCAUUGUCUGGGCGAAUGUCCUCUUGGGACGCUGUCUUUACAGCUGGCUACACGAUGCCAUGUUGCACGAGAAACUCAAGGAGGUGUUGCAGAAGAAACUAAACUCUAUCAAGCUGCCCAGCUUCAUGGAGGAGGUCAUCAUAACUAACAUAUACUUGGGUCAGUCCCCACUGCUGUGUCAUCGCGUUUCCCAGCCGAUGCUGGAUGAGCGCGGCGUUUGGGUGGACGCUGAUGUAACUUACGAGGGGUUGGCUCACAUAACAGUGACCACCAAGCUGAAUCUGUUACGGAUUCGCAGCAAGACAAAGUCACCGAUGGCCCCCGAAUCGGUGCCCUCCACCUCGAUGGCGGCAGAGCAAACGCCGGAUUUGCGCAGCAAUUCGGAUGCCAAUUCGGAGAAUGUCAUCUACGACAGCGAUGCCGAGAGCUCGGGCGGUUCCUCUACUGAAUCCGAGAGCCCACCGCCGGGCACCGCCCAAGAGAAUCCGGCCGGAACUGAAUUCUUUCAAAACUCGCCCGGCAAUGCGCGGCGCAUCUUCAAGAUUGUCGAUCGGAUAGCCGCCUCCAAUCUAUUUCAAUACGCCACCGAGCUGCCGUACGUGCAACGAGCCAUGGAAAACAUGAACGCGAAUAUCACGUUGCGCGUAGAUCUCAAGGGUUUGGUGGCCCGUGGAACGCUGAAUGUGCCACCGCCGCCCUCCGACCGGGUGUGGGUAAGCUUCCGCGGACCGCCACGCCUGUGGAUAUCCACCAAGCCCCAAGUGGGCGACAAGUCCGUCGACUGGUCCAUUGUGACCAAUGUCAUCGAGAGCAAACUGUGCGAGGCUGUCAAUAAGUUUCUGGUCUACCCAAACAUGGUGGACUUCUCCAUACCAUUCCUCAGCAAUCCCAACUACGAUGAGGAACCCGCGGCUGCAACCAACUAAAUACCAAAAUCAAGAGAAAUAGGCAGGGAAUAAGGAAAGAAGAAGAAUAAGAAGAUACAAUUUAUAUUCGAUGAAUUUAACACAAAGUGUGAGCGAGAUUUUAUACGUUAUUUUUUUUAGUUUUUGAGAUAAACUUCAAGCUUAGCUUAGGUCUGCGAUCUCUAGUUCCGAAUUCUAAUACUUAUCCGCUUAUAGCGAUGAGCGCAUGGGACGACCGAUUCCAAAUGACAAGUUACGAAACGCUUAUUUUCAUCACAUUCUGUUCACACUUUAGAACAAUCCCAAUCUUAGCUACAAUAAUUUACACAAUUAUGUAAAAGGAAGGAUAUAGCAUAUUGAAUAUGCUGCAACAGCCGCUCUGUGAGGUCAUCACGACAAGUAUUCCAAUAGCAUAAUGCAGGCAUAUAGCUCUACCACUUAUCCACUAUUCUAUACGAACAACUACAAUAUACACACCAAUAUACAUAUAUUUAUAUAUUCCCCGUAGCUUAGUCUUAGAAUGCGUGUGAAUUUUAAACAAGAAAAUCGAAUUUUAUUUGCGAUAUGUGUGGUGUGGUCUACUCAUCGAUCGUCAACCAUAAAACGUAUGUACUUAAUGCGUCUCAACUAUUUAAAAUACGCAACUAAAAUGGGAAAGACCGGAAAUGGAUCCGUAUAUUUUGCCAAAUGAGAACAAAACUAUUCCCUUGGGUUCCAAUUUAUACAGCAACUAAGAGAUAUCAUUUACACGGUUGUUUUUCGAGCUACACAACUAAGUAGAUCAUUUUAGCUACAACAUAUGUAUAUUUAAAUGUUUUUCAUAAAUAAAGAUAGCAAAUUGCUAGCA